AUGGCUUCUCGAGAUACAGCUUUACAGAGCUCAAUUGCCUUUCUUCAAAUGCAAAAACAUGCCAGUUUAAAGAGAUCCACCUCGAUGAGCGAAGAUGUGUUCCGAAUUUAUCGUCAGACAGGCCGACGAAUUGCUCUGAUUCAGCAACAAGUGGAGAGGGAGCGAUGCUCUUACUUAAAGGAGUCCUACACCGAGAAAAACCAACUGUAUAAAGAACUAGCGCAUAUUUUCCAUUCCAGAAAGGCGAUAAUGGCCCAACAAGGAAUAGAUGUUUUAUCCUCGACACCCGCUCCACAAAAGAAACAUUCACAAGCUAGUUUUGGGGAGAAAUCUAUGGAGGCAGUUCAUGGCUACGCUCACAAAUGCAAGUCUGUGAAGGAACUUCGUUCUAUUAAUGUUAAUGUAUUGAAAAGAUGCGAAUGUUGUCGCCGCAGGGCAUUUCGAGCUAUCGAAGAAAAUGAUGACGACGAAGAUGUUUUUGAUGAGGAAGCUUUCCGAUACGAGAGUCAGUUACAAACACUAGAUUCCGAGUCAAGCGACACGGCGAAAACCAAAGCUGGCAGAAAGAUAAGCCAGAGAUCUAGGUCUUCAAACGUAAAGAAUGAACGCAUAGUGGGUAAAAGGAAGACUGCCCUGGUGCAAUUUAGUAGGUACGACGAUAUUCGAAUGCCAUCCGCCACUCAGAGAGUUCAGGCAGGAAUAUGGGCUUUGAAAAAGCAGAAUAGUCGGCCUAAUAAUCAGAGGAAACAAAGUAAGACUGUGCGUUUUAGAGGAAAUGAUUCGACGGUGGAAAGUCCUUCGGUUGAAAGGAAGACUUCAUCUGAUACUCCUGCUUCGACUACAAGACCAGCCCUUCAAUCUCGAGCAAGUAUAAAAGUGGCAAGUCAGAAUAGAAAAGCAGACAAACUACACCUUGAUGGUCACGCGUGGUCCACCCAUGUUCAAGACAUCCAUGAGAAAAAGAUCAACAAUAACAAUGCAAUUACCGGCUUGUCGAAGGCUUAUUACGCGUUUAGAAAGCUCCUUAACAAGAUGGAGGAAGAGCAUCAGGCACAAGGAGCGAAAGAGAAGGAAAUGAGGCCCGAAAGUCGAAUGGAAUUACCAGGCAGUCGACCUGCUUCGAACAUGUCGAGGAGCGAUUCAAGAUGGGUGCCUUUGCGUCGAAGUUCGGACACGCUUUCUGUUCGUUUGAACACCUGGACAACGGGAAAUCUCGAGCCCACCUCCAGGAACAGCUUCGAGGAAAAUUGCGUGGAGGAACUGGAAAAAGAAGACGAGAGUUUGAACAUUGGAGAGGAUGAGAAAGAUGAUAGUUCCUUACAUGAGGUGUACAUUCUUCAAAAACGUUAGCUGGUAAAUGAAAAAAUUGGAACAGAGACUUAAAUUAUAACUGGAUACCGGUCAAGGGACACUUACGAAACGUGAAACGCAUUUGACACUCCUGAUCAUCGA